UCAAUAAUAUUAUCAUACAGAUCAUCAAUUAUACUGGACUGAUUCUGACUUAUUACUUUGUAUGGACUAAAGAAUUUAUUUUACAUGACUUAUACACAUAUUUAAAUAGCCUUGAUUACUAAAAUAGUUUUGAUUGGUUGUCCGUUAUCCCACGUUUGUUGAUUAUCAAGUAAUGCUACACAUAGAGGAUGCAUUAUGAAACCAGUGGGGACACCUGGCCAGCAUGCAGCACUGUAGGGGUGGAGCACAGUAAUCAGUCCCUCAUCUCUGAUUAGUCUAGAUGUUAAGGAGCCAUUCAGAUCCUAUUGAACCACAGGCCUACAGUAAGUGGACAGACUGGUAAUCUGUGUCUCCUCACUCCUGUUGGGUAUUAGUGCUCCAAGAACAGGGCUUAAGCUGAGGGGUUUUGCAAGCAAACAAUCUGCUUUUUAUUGUACUGACCUGAAAGCAAGACCACAGGAGAUAUGAGGUCUGUCUAUUUCUACCUGCUGAUUGGCACCUUCCUUCUUGCUCAGAGUGAAGCACUGCAGUGUUAUACCUGCAUGGGUGCCACAGAUGAAGACUGUAAUCGGCAGGGCUCCAAAACAUGUCCAAGCUUCUCAGAUGCAUGUGCUAUUGUCCGAGGACAUGGCAGUAAGUUUAAUGGUGGUGUUAUGAAGUCGUGCUCUUACAAAUCCUUCUGCAGUCAGGCUAACAGCCAGGGUUACAGAGCUCCAGGGGUGAAAGUUCAUUGCUGCUACUCUGAUGACUGUAAUGUUAAAGGACACGCCAACAGAAUGAGCACAGGGGUCAACUUCCUUCUGGGGCUUCUGCUAUUUGUCUGGCAUUUGCUGUCAAACUAAUGUGACCAUAGACGAACUGACCUGGCUGUUAAAGUUCAUUACCACUGUGGGACUUGACCGAACGCUGUAUACUCCAUGAUUUUAUUGUCAUAUAUAAAAUGAGUCAUGUAAAAAUGUACCACACUUACAUUUUUAGCAACUUGUUAAAAGCUGUGCAUGCAAUAUAAUGUUUAGUCAACAUAUAGAACCUUACAUGCACAGAUGUCUACAUUACAUGAGGCAAAUGUAUUUAUGGUAUUGUUUCAAUUGUUCUAGGAACUCAAAAAGCCAAAAGCCUUUUAUUCUGUAGGCCAAAUAAAUGUAAAUGAGAUCUAUUUAAGGCAGUUUUGGUGGUACAGAGUUAACAAGACCAUUAUGGAGCAGAUUCCCAGACAGGGUUUAGGUUAACCCAAGACCCCAAACAGCACUUGUGUGCAUUUUAAGAGAAAACAAU